GUUUGGACGCGCGAUACGAAACAUGUCGCGCGUGACAAAAAUAAUGUUGAAAAAGUAAAUUUGAAUAAUUCUUAUAAUAUCGAACUGUUGGAUACUAAUGUUCAGUGUUAUUUAUUUUUCUUUUAUUAAAAAUACUAAAACUGUGAUAAAAUGACGGACAAUUUCAAUAUGAAGGAAUUCAGUUCGACUGCCGUCAUAAUGGAAAAUGGGGUAUAUCCCUCUACAAUAUCGAUAAGCACAAUCAACACAAAAUGCAAAGAAAAUGAAGUGGAAAAGGCCUACGAUCCAUUUGAAAACAGAAAAUUGGAACAUCCCAAUUCGGAUGUUCGGUCAUUUGCAAACCUGCUGAAAUCAUCCCUGGGCUCCGGUAUCCUCGCCAUGCCAGCCGCCUUCAAAAACGCCGGCACGAUAGUCGGCAUACUCGGUACAAUCAUGUUGGGCUACAUUUGUACGCAUUGCGUAUACUUACUGGUUAAAACCUCACAAGAGGUUUCUAGAGUAUCCCGUGUGCCAUCAUUGGGGUAUGCCGAGACUGUGGAGGCAGUGUUUGCGACAGGACCACAGACUUUCAGAAAAUUUUCAAGGGCCUCCAGGAUAUUUAUAGACUGGACCAUGGCUUUCACCAUUCUUGGCGCGUGUGCGGUGUAUGUCAUCCUACUAGUCGACUCCGUGGUACAGGUGAUUGACCACUUCUAUCCAGAUAAUGGGAUCACCAAAAUCAUGUACUGCCUGAUGUUUCUGGUACCGAUUCUCGGGUUCACACAAAUCAAGAACUUGAAAUACCUGGCCCCCUUCUCUGGAUUCGCCAACUUACUGUUGGUGUUGACGUUUGUCAUCUGCCUCUACUACAUAUGCAUCGACUUUCCGGACCUCAGCGACCGGCCUAUGUCAGUGGACGUGGGAAAUUUACCCCUGUUCAUAGGAACUGUUAUAUUUGCAAUGGAGGGCAUCGGGGUGGUGUUGCCAGUGGAAAACACAAUGGCGAAACCACAGCAUUUUUUGGGUUGCCCAGGAGUGCUUAACAUCACAAUGACUGUGGUAGUUCUUCUAUACAUGACAAUGGGAUUUCUUGGCUAUGUCAAGUAUGGAAACCUAGCGGAGGGAAGUAUCACACUUAAUUUACCUACUGGUAAAGAUGAAAUCCCUGCACUGAUGGCCAAAUUAUUCAUAGUGUUGGCGAUUUUCUUCACCUACACUCUGCAGUUCUACGUACCAAUGGAGAUUGUGUGGCGUAAUACCCAAGAGUACGUCAGCAAAAAGCAUCAUAACCUCGCACAGUCUGUCAUGAGAGCAGUGUUUGCUAUUCUUACUGUGGUUGCUGCUGCGACGCUACCACGACUGGAACAAGUGAUCGGUUUGGAAGGUGCUUUCUUCUACUCCUUCCUUGGACUCAUAGCGCCGUCCAUAUUGGACCUCAUGUUCUCCUGGGAAAGGGGACUCGGAAAAUACAAAUGGAUACUCGUUAAAGACACUGUUCUUAUAGCUUUCGGGACAUUUGUACUAGUUACGGGAGUGACGCAAAGUAUAAGAGAAAUAAUUAGGACUAAUUCUGGCGGUAUGUGAGUUGUGAUAGUGUAUAAGUAUUGGCAAUGUAAAUACAGUAUUAAAUUGUAUACUUACCUGAGAACUUAAAAUAAAUCUUCAUAUAAAAC